AUGUCAGACAACGAGACAACUCCGACAACUCCUGCCACACCCUCGAAGCCAACCCCACCUCCUCUCCAUCCCGUUUAUUCGGUUACCAACAUUCAGCAAAAGGUUCGAGUUCUUGAUGGUGUAAAAGUUUCAUACACCUCCUGGGUUCGCCUCUUUCAGCUUCAUGCUCGCGGCUAUCGGGUUCUUGCUCACAUUGACGGCACGCCGUCACCCGGAGAAAAAGAUCCUACGUAUGCUUCAUGGCAGGAAAUUGAUUCAAUUGUGCUUCAGUGGAUCUACGGAUCUAUUUCGGAUGAUUUACUUGGACGCGUUCUCACUGCUGAAUCCACGGCUCGUCAAGCUUGGAUCCGGAUUCAGAACAUAUUUCACAACAACAAGGGCGCUCGUAUCGCUGCUCUUGAGCACGAGUUCGCUAAUAUUACUCUCAAGUCCCAACCUUCAUUGGAGGCGUAUUUUCAGCGUCUACGCGAACUCGCCGACCAGCUUAAUGAUCUUCUUGACGUUCCUAUUGAUGACAAGCGGCUUGUCCUGUAG